GCUACUGAAAGCAGAGCCAGUGAAUUAAGCCACCCAGUUGAUUUCUAUUUCUAUUUUUCCUCUUCUCGAUCGUAUAAACUUGAUAGCAUGAAGAGCACGCCACUGUGGAUUCUGGGUUUGUAUGCGUUUGUUUCAUUCAUCUUUUUUAGCCACUCAGUACAAGUUGCUGCAGAUGAUGACAGCAAUGAUUCAGGAGCCAUGAGCAUAGAUUGUGGGUUGACCCCAGAGAGUUGGGACAACAAUGAUUUCCAUUAUGAGGCAGAUGGUUCACCGUUUGUAGAAUCUGGGAAAGUAUAUAGUGUAUCCUCUGAGCAUACCUUGACAAGUGAUGAAGAACAGAGUUGGCAGCAACUCAACACGUUGAGAAGCUUUCCUGAAGGGCAAAGGAACUGCUAUACACUCGCACCCAAACAAGGCAGAGGUAACAAAUAUCUCAUAAGGGCUUUCUUCAAAUAUGGAAACUAUGACAAAAACAAUUCAAUUCCAACAUUUGAUCUGCACCUUGGUGUCAAUUAUUGGACAACAAUUUAUUUAAGUGAUUCUAGUGAUGUUGUAAGAUCCGAGGUGAUUCACGUUGCCCAGUCUGACCACAUUGACGUGUGUCUGAUAAACAAAGGCCAAGGAACACCAUUCAUUUCCUCCCGACUCCCAAUUACUCCCUCUUGCACUCGCCACACGCCGUAA